AUGUCCACUAUUUCUGGCUCCAAAUUGCCAAAUUGGGCUCAAAUUUCAAAACCAGACAAUCAACAUGGCAUUUCACACGAUCCCAUCGAAACUACCUACCAUCGACUAAAGCUCAAAUAUGCUCAAUCAUUACGACAAAACUGGGUUGAGAAGCUCGAACAGCCCAAACAGAUAUUAGAGCAGCUUUACUUAGCUGCUUAUCUGAUUGAACUAUGGAGAGGCAUGUACGGCACCAUUCCAGCAGCAGAACAGAAACAGCUUCAACAAAGCAGCAAUGCGCCAUUUGCGGGAUUUGUGAGUCUUGCUUGUGGAAGCGGUAUCCUGGUAUACGUACUUUGUAUGGAAGGAUACAAUGGGUCCGGCUUUGAUGCCUGCCGUCGCAAAACUUGGGAGACAUAUCCCGUCGAUGUCCAGACUUGUCUGGAGGAAAAAAUGUACAUUCCUCAGCCGUUUUUGGAUGCCAUUGGGCCACAAGAUUUCGAAGCGAAGAUACACACUGGCGACUUUCCAGCUGAUACCUUUAUCAUAUCUGACCAUGCCGAUGAAAUGACUGUAUGGACUCCUCUAAUGGCUGCCCUGGCUAGUCCCUCGUCUCUUUUGCCCUUUCUUAUUAUACCCUGUUGUUCUUGUUCGCUUUCUGGGGCUCGAUAUCGAUACCCCCCGAGAAUACGCAUGUCAGAAGGUACGAGUACGGAUGUCAAUACUAGUGAAAAUGUCGAAAAGUGCGUGGAGCAGAACCAUCAACCCGCUUCUGGAGAUUUGCGAUCUCUUCGAGCCACCAAGGCUGAGCAGAAGACUGGCCGUGGGUUUGGAAAUUCUAUGAUGGGGUCACUUACUGCUAAGACAAGAGACAUCGCCGAGGAGCUUGGUUUUGUGGUUGAGGAGGUAUGUUUGCAGACUCCGGGUGCUUUCUCCCGGGCCUUAAUUGGAAGAAAGCAGCAAACGAAAGAUUUGGCCGACGCGAGCCCUAGCCAGACGGCAGUGCUAGCAGAUAAGAUCGCCAAAAUUAUUGAACGCGAAUGCGUUAAAGAUGGAGGAAUUCAGGCUGCUGCCAGGCUCUGGAUUGAGCAGGCAAAGUCCUUCCAUUUGGAACAAAGAUAG